GGCCCCCCGCGCUGCUCCUCGCUGCAGGCACCCAUCAUGUUACUCUCAGGGCACGAGGGGGAGGUGUAUUGCUGCAAGUUCCACCCCAACGGCAACACACUCGCCUCUGCCGGCUUCGACAGGCUCAUCCUGCUGUGGAAUGUCUACGGGGACUGUGAUAACUACGCCACCCUGAAGGGACACAGCGGGGCAGUCAUGGAGCUGCACUACAACACUGAUGGCAGCAUGCUCUUCUCAGCAUCCACAGACAAAACAGUGGCCGUGUGGGACAGUGAGACUGGAGAGAGGGUGAAGAGGCUGAAGGGCCACACAUCCUUUGUGAACUCCUGCUACCCAGCAAGGCGAGGGCCCCAGCUCGUCUGCACAGGCAGUGAUGAUGGCACAGUGAAGCUGUGGGAUAUCAGGAAAAAAGCUGCUGUCCAGACGUUCCAGAACACAUACCAGGUCCUGGCUGUGACAUUCAAUGACACCAGUGAUCAGAUCAUAUCCGGAGGCAUCGACAACGACAUUAAGGUGUGGGACCUGCGCCAGAACAAGCUCACUUACACGAUGAGAGGACACACAGACUCGGUGACAGGGCUCAGCCUGAGCUCAGAAGGCUCCUACCUGCUCUCCAACGCCAUGGACAACACAGUUCGCAUCUGGGACGUGCGGCCCUUCGCCCCGAAGGAGAGAUGUGUGAAGAUCUUCCAGGGCAAUGUACACAACUUUGAGAAGAACCUUCUGAGGUGUUCUUGGUCUCCAGAUGGGAGUAAAAUCGCAGGGGGCUCGGCUGACAGGUUUGUCUACGUGUGGGACACCACAUCCAGGAGGAUUCUGUACAAGCUGCCAGGCCAUGCUGGGUCAGUGAAUGAGCUGGCUUUCCACCCAGAGGAACCCAUUAUUCUCUCUGCAUCCAGUGACAAAAGGCUGUACAUGGGGGAGAUCCAGUGAAGUCAACAGGGAGAUGGGAUCCAUGCCCUCAUGAGCCUUGGUUUACAGAGGUGGGAUUGACUUUGCUUCUCGCUGGUGCCAGUCCCCCUCACAUUCAUGGCACUGGGAAAGCACUGAGGCAGCUCGAUGUGACAGGCUGCCCUCCACAGGCUACAGUGUCACUG